AUGCGAUCAGCAGCGGACGCGACUGAGCACCUGAACGCUACACAAUACACUACCAUCCUCAUCCCGCAAACCUACAACUCGCAACAGCCUGCCAACUACGCGACUGAGACCGAUCACAACUUUGCGACUAGAGACGACGAGGAAAUGGCGCGCCAGAACCCAAACAUUGUCAUCACGGGUACACCCGGAGUAGGAAAGACAACACACGCUGAGCAAUUAGCGCAAGCAACAGGAUUCAAGCACGUCUCCGUGAAUCAGAUUGUCAAAGAUGAGGGCUUCCAUGAGGGCAAAGAUGAGGAGACAGGGAGUUGGGUUGUAGACGAAGACAAACUACUCGACCACCUGGAAUCCCUCCCCCUAGCCAGCACAGGCGGCUAUAUCCUCGACUGGCACGCGUGCGACCUGUUCCCCGAACGCUGGAUCGACCUCGUCAUCGUGCUGCGCUGCGACAGCACACUUUUAUACGAUCGUCUCACCGCGCGGGGCUACAAGGGGAAGAAGCUGGAGGAAAAUAUGGACAGUGAAAUCAUGCAGGUUCUGCUUGACGAGGCGAGGGAGAGCUAUAAAGAAGAGAUCGUGGUGGAGCUGAGGAGUGAGAGUAACGAGGACGUCGAGGGCAACUUGGAGCGGGUGGAGCAAUGGAUUGAGCAGUGGAGGAAAGACAGGCAGAAUGCGGAAGGGGAAGAGUAG